UGUGAGGAGGAGGAGGCGGCGGCGGAAUAGGCCGGGGCAGGUCGCGCUCGCUGCCUUCUCCCCUGAAGAGAGACGCGGGGGGAGGGGGGUGCGGCGAGCGGCCCCGCUCUCUCCCCACCGCUCCGCUCGCACCCCAGUGUAAUGAGGGUCACCCCCUCCCCCCAGCUGGCCCGGGAGGGGGCGCGGGGCACGGUUGAUGCCGGCCCAGGAUGGAUCAGACCUGUGAACUACCCAGAAGAAAUUGUCUGCUGCCCUUUUCCAAUCCAGUGAAUUUAGAUGCCCCUGAAGACAAGGACAGCCCUUUCGGUAAUGGUCAAUCCAAUUUUUCUGAGCCACUUAAUGGGUGUACUAUGCAGUUAUCGACUGUCAGUGGAACAUCCCAAAAUGCUUAUGGACAAGAUUCUCCAUCUUGUUACAUUCCACUGCGGAGACUACAGGAUUUGGCCUCCAUGAUCAAUGUAGAGUAUUUAAAUGGGUCUGCUGAUGGAUCAGAAUCCUUUCAAGACCCUGAAAAAAGUGAUUCAAGAGCUCAGACGCCAAUUGUUUGCACUUCCUUGAAUCCUGGUGGUCCUACAGCACUUGCUAUGAAACAGGAACCCUCUUGUAAUAACUCCCCUGAACUCCAGGUAAAAGUAACAAAGACUAUCAAGAAUGGCUUUCUGCACUUUGAGAAUUUUACUUGUGUGGACGAUGCAGAUGUAGAUUCUGAAAUGGACCCAGAACAGCCAGUCACAGAGGAUGAGAGUAUAGAGGAGAUCUUUGAGGAAACUCAGACCAAUGCCACCUGCAAUUAUGAGACUAAAUCAGAGAAUGGUGUAAAAGUGGCCAUGGGAAGUGAACAAGACAGCACACCAGAGAGUAGACACGGUGCAGUCAAAUCGCCAUUCUUGCCAUUAGCUCCUCAGACUGAAACACAGAAAAAUAAGCAAAGAAAUGAAGUGGACGGCAGCAAUGAAAAAGCAGCCCUUCUCCCAGCCCCCUUUUCACUAGGAGACACAAACAUUACAAUAGAAGAGCAAUUAAACUCAAUAAAUUUAUCUUUUCAGGAUGAUCCAGAUUCCAGUACCAGUACAUUAGGAAACAUGCUAGAAUUACCUGGAACUUCAUCAUCAUCUACUUCACAGGAAUUGCCAUUUUGUCAACCUAAGAAAAAGUCUACGCCACUGAAGUAUGAAGUUGGAGAUCUCAUCUGGGCAAAAUUCAAGAGACGCCCAUGGUGGCCCUGCAGGAUUUGUUCUGAUCCGUUGAUUAACACACAUUCAAAAAUGAAAGUUUCCAACCGGAGGCCCUAUCGGCAGUACUACGUGGAGGCUUUUGGAGAUCCUUCUGAGAGAGCCUGGGUGGCUGGAAAAGCAAUCGUCAUGUUUGAAGGCAGACAUCAAUUCGAAGAGCUACCUGUCCUUAGGAGAAGAGGGAAACAGAAAGAAAAAGGAUAUAGGCAUAAGGUUCCUCAGAAAAUUUUGAGUAAAUGGGAAGCCAGUGUUGGACUUGCAGAACAGUAUGAUGUUCCCAAGGGGUCAAAGAACCGAAAAUGUAUUCCUGGUUCAAUCAAGUUGGACAGUGAAGAAGAUAUGCCAUUUGAAGACUGCACAAAUGAUCCUGAGUCAGAACAUGACCUGUUGCUUAAUGGCUGUUUGAAAUCACUGGCUUUUGAUUCUGAACAUUCUGCAGAUGAGAAGGAAAAGCCUUGUGCUAAAUCUCGAGCCAGAAAGAGCUCUGAUAAUCCAAAAAGGACUAGUGUGAAAAAGGGCCACAUACAAUUUGAAGCACAUAAAGAUGAACGGAGGGGAAAGAUUCCAGAGAACCUUGGCCUAAACUUUAUCUCUGGGGAUAUAUCUGAUACGCAGGCCUCUAAUGAACUUUCCAGGAUAGCAAAUAGCCUCACAGGGUCCAACACUGCCCCAGGAAGUUUUCUGUUUUCUUCCUGUGGAAAAAACACUGCAAAGAAAGAAUUUGAGACUUCAAAUGGUGACUCUUUAUUGGGCUUGCCUGAGGGUGCUUUGAUCUCAAAGUGUUCUCGAGAGAAGAAUAAACCCCAACGAAGCCUGGUGUGUGGUUCAAAAGUGAAGCUCUGCUAUAUUGGAGCAGGUGAUGAGGAAAAGCGAAGUGAUUCCAUUAGUAUCUGUACCACUUCUGAUGAUGGAAGCAGUGACCUGGAUCCCAUAGAACACAGCUCAGAGUCUGAUAACAGUGUCCUUGAAAUUCCAGAUGCUUUCGAUAGAACAGAGAACAUGUUAUCUAUGCAGAAAAAUGAAAAGAUAAAGUAUUCUAGGUUUGCUGCCACAAACACUAGGGUAAAAGCAAAACAGAAGCCUCUCAUUAGUAACUCACAUACAGACCACUUAAUGGGUUGUACUAAGAGUGCAGAGCCUGGAACUGAGACGUCUCAGGUUAAUCUCUCUGAUCUGAAGGCAUCUACUCUUGUUCACAAACCCCAAUCAGAUUUUACAAAUGAUGCUCUCUCUCCAAAAUUCAACAUGUCAUCAAGCAUAUCCAGUGAGAACUCGUUAAUAAAGGGUGGGGCAGCAAAUCAAGCUCUAUUACAUUCGAAAAGCAAACAGCCCAAGUUCCGAAGUAUAAAGUGCAAACACAAAGAAAAUCCAGUUAUGGUAGAACCCCCAGUUAUAAAUGAGGAGUGCAGUUUGAAAUGCUGCUCUUCUGAUACCAAAGGCUCUCCUUUGGCCAGCAUUUCUAAAAGUGGGAAAGUGGAUGGUCUAAAACUACUGAACAAUAUGCAUGAGAAAACCAGGGAUUCAAGUGACAUAGAAACAGCAGUGGUGAAACAUGUUUUAUCCGAGUUGAAGGAACUCUCUUACAGAUCCUUAGGUGAGGAUGUCAGUGACUCUGGAACAUCAAAGCCAUCAAAACCAUUACUUUUCUCUUCUGCUUCUAGUCAGAAUCACAUACCUAUUGAACCAGACUACAAAUUCAGUACAUUGCUAAUGAUGUUGAAAGAUAUGCAUGAUAGUAAGACGAAGGAGCAGCGGUUGAUGACUGCUCAAAACCUGGUCUCUUACCGGAGUCCUGGUCGUGGGGACUGUUCUACUAAUAGUCCUGUAGGAGUCUCUAAGGUUUUGGUUUCAGGAGGCUCCACACACAAUUCAGAGAAAAAGGGAGAUGGCACUCAGAACUCUGCCAAUCCUAGCCCUAGUGGGGGUGACUCUGCAUUAUCUGGGGAGUUGUCUGCUUCCCUACCUGGCUUAGUGUCCGACAAGAGAGACCUCCCUGCUUCUGGUAAAAGUCGUUCAGACUGUGUUACUAGGCGCAACUGUGGACGAUCAAAGCCUUCAUCCAAAUUGCGAGAUGCUUUUUCAGCCCAAAUGGUAAAGAACACAGUGAACCGUAAAGCCUUAAAGACCGAGCGCAAAAGAAAACUGAAUCAGCUUGCAAGUGUGACUCUUGAUGCUGUACUGCAGGGAGACCGAGAACAUGGAGGUUCAUUGAGAGGUGGGGCAGAAGUUCCUAGUAAAGAGGAUCCCCUUCAGAUAAUGGGCCACUUAACAAGUGAAGAUGGUGACCAUUUUUCUGAUGUGCAUUUCGAUAACAAGGUUAAGCAAUCUGAUCCUGGUAAAAUUUCUGAAAAAGGACUCUCUUUUGAAAACAGAAAAGGCCCAGAGCUGGACUCUGUAAUGAACAGUGAGAAUGAUGAACUCAAUGGUGUAAAUCAAGUGGUGCCUAAAAAGCGGUGGCAGCGUUUAAACCAAAGGCGCACUAAACCUCGUAAGCGCAUGAACAGAUUUAAAGAGAAAGAAAACUCUGAGUGUGCCUUUAGGGUCUUACUUCCUAGUGACCCUGUGCAGGAGGGGCGGGAUGAGUUUCCAGAGCAUAGAACUCCUCCUUCAGCAAGCAUACUUGAGGAACCACUGACAGAGCAAAAUCAUGCUGACUGCUUAGAUUCAGUUGGGCCACGGUUAAAUGUUUGUGAUAAAUCCAGUGCCAGCAUUGGUGACAUGGAAAAGGAGCCAGGAAUUCCCAGUUUGACACCACAGGCUGAGCUCCCUGAACCAGCUGUGCGGUCAGAGAAGAAACGCCUUAGGAAGCCAAGCAAGUGGCUUUUGGAAUAUACAGAAGAAUAUGAUCAGAUAUUUGCUCCUAAGAAAAAACAAAAGAAGGUACAGGAGCAGGUGCACAAGGUAAGUUCCCGCUGUGAAGAGGAAAGCCUUCUAGCCCGAGGUCGAUCUAGUGCUCAGAACAAGCAGGUGGACGAGAAUUCUUUGAUUUCAACCAAAGAAGAGCCUCCAGUUCUUGAAAGGGAGGCUCCGUUUUUGGAGGGCCCCUUGGCUCAGUCAGAACUUGGAGGUGGACAUGCUGAGUUGCCGCAGCUGACCUUGUCUGUGCCUGUGGCUCCGGAAGUCUCUCCACGGCCUGCCCUUGAGUCUGAGGAAUUGCUAGUUAAAACGCCAGGAAAUUAUGAAAGUAAACGUCAAAGAAAACCAACUAAGAAACUUCUUGAAUCCAAUGAUUUAGACCCUGGAUUUAUGCCCAAGAAGGGGGACCUUGGCCUUUCUAAAAAGUGCUAUGAAGCUGGUCACCUGGAGAAUGGCAUAACUGAAUCUUGUGCCACAUCUUAUUCAAAAGAUUUUGGUGGAGGCACUACCAAGAUAUUUGACAAACCAAGGAAGCGAAAACGACAGAGGCAUGCUGCAGCCAAGAUGCAGUGUAAAAAAGUGAAAAAUGAUGACUCGUCAAAAGAGAUUCCAGGCUCAGAGGGAGAACUAAUGCCUCACAGGACGGCCACAAGCCCCAAGGAGACUGUUGAGGAAGGUGUAGAACACGAUCCCGGGAUGCCUGCCUCUAAAAAAAUACAGGGUGAACGCGGUGGAGGAGCUGCACUCAAGGAGAAUGUCUGUCAGAAUUGUGAAAAAUUGGGUGAGCUGCUGUUAUGUGAGGCUCAGUGCUGUGGGGCUUUCCACCUGGAGUGCCUUGGAUUGACUGAGAUGCCAAGAGGAAAAUUUAUCUGCAAUGAAUGUCGCACAGGAAUCCAUACCUGUUUUGUAUGUAAGCAGAGUGGGGAAGAUGUUAAAAGGUGCCUUCUACCCUUGUGUGGAAAGUUUUACCAUGAAGAGUGUGUCCAGAAGUACCCACCCACUGUUAUGCAGAACAAGGGCUUCCGGUGCUCCCUCCACAUCUGUAUAACCUGUCAUGCUGCUAAUCCAGCCAAUGUUUCUGCAUCUAAAGGUCGGUUGAUGCGCUGUGUCCGCUGUCCUGUGGCAUACCACGCCAAUGACUUUUGCCUGGCUGCUGGGUCAAAGAUCCUUGCAUCUAAUAGUAUCAUCUGCCCUAAUCACUUUACCCCUAGGCGGGGCUGCCGAAAUCAUGAGCAUGUUAAUGUUAGCUGGUGCUUUGUGUGCUCAGAAGGAGGCAGCCUUCUGUGCUGUGAUUCUUGCCCUGCUGCUUUUCAUCGUGAAUGCCUGAACAUUGAUAUCCCUGAAGGAAACUGGUAUUGCAAUGACUGUAAGGCAGGCAAAAAGCCACACUACAGGGAGAUUGUCUGGGUAAAAGUUGGACGAUACAGGUGGUGGCCAGCUGAGAUCUGCCAUCCUCGAGCUGUUCCUUCCAACAUUGAUAAGAUGAGACAUGAUGUGGGAGAGUUCCCAGUCCUCUUUUUUGGAUCUAAUGACUAUUUGUGGACUCACCAGGCCCGAGUCUUCCCUUACAUGGAGGGUGACGUGAGCAGCAAGGAUAAGAUGGGCAAAGGAGUGGAUGGGACAUAUAAAAAAGCUCUUCAGGAAGCUGCAGCAAGGUUUGAGGAAUUAAAGGCCCAAAAAGAGCUAAGACAGCUGCAGGAAGACCGAAAGAAUGACAAGAAGCCACCACCUUAUAAACAUAUAAAGGUAAACCGUCCUAUUGGCAGGGUACAGAUCUUCACUGCAGACUUAUCUGAAAUACCCCGUUGCAACUGUAAAGCUACUGAUGAGAACCCCUGUGGGAUAGACUCUGAAUGCAUCAACCGCAUGCUGCUCUAUGAGUGCCACCCCACAGUGUGUCCUGCCGGAGGGCGCUGUCAAAACCAGUGCUUUUCCAAGCGCCAAUAUCCAGAGGUUGAAAUUUUCCGCACGUUACAGCGGGGUUGGGGUCUACGGACAAAAACAGAUAUUAAAAAGGGUGAAUUUGUGAAUGAGUAUGUGGGUGAGCUUAUAGAUGAAGAAGAAUGCAGAGCUCGAAUUCGCUAUGCUCAAGAACAUGAUAUCACUAAUUUCUAUAUGCUCACCCUAGACAAAGACCGAAUCAUUGAUGCUGGUCCCAAAGGAAACUAUGCUCGGUUCAUGAAUCAUUGCUGCCAGCCCAACUGUGAAACACAGAAGUGGUCUGUGAACGGAGAUACCCGUGUAGGCCUUUUUGCACUAAGUGACAUUAAAGCAGGCACUGAACUUACCUUCAACUACAACCUAGAAUGUCUUGGGAAUGGAAAGACUGUUUGCAAAUGUGGAGCCCCGAACUGCAGUGGCUUCUUGGGUGUAAGGCCAAAGAACCAACCCAUUGCCACGGAAGAAAAGGCAAAGAAAUUCAAGAAGAAGCAACAGGGAAAGCGCAGGACCCAGGGUGAAAUCACAAAGGAGCGAGAAGAUGAGUGUUUUAGUUGUGGGGAUGCUGGCCAGCUCGUCUCCUGCAAGAAACCAGGCUGCCCAAAAGUUUACCAUGCAGACUGUCUCAAUCUGACCAAGCGACCAGCAGGGAAAUGGGAAUGUCCGUGGCAUCAGUGUGACAUCUGCGGGAAGGAAGCAGCCUCCUUCUGUGAGAUGUGCCCCAGCUCCUUUUGUAAGCAGCAUCGAGAAGGGAUGCUUUUCAUUUCCAAACUGGAUGGGCGUCUGUCUUGUACUGAGCAUGACCCCUGUGGGCCCAAUCCUCUGGAACCUGGGGAGAUCCGUGAGUAUGUGCCUCCCCCAGUACCGCUGCCUCCAGGGCCAAGCACUCACCUGGCAGAGCAAUCAACAGGAAUGGCUGCUCAGGCACCCAAAAUGUCAGAUAAACCUCCUGCUGACACCAACCAGACGCUGUCGCUCUCCAAAAAAGCUCUGGCAGGGACUUGUCAGAGGCCACUGCUACCUGAAAGACCUCUUGAGAGAACUGACUCCAGGCCCCAGCCUUUAGAUAAGGUCAGAGACCUCGCUGGGUCAGGGACCAAAUCCCAAUCCUUGGUUUCCAGCCAGAGGCCACUGGACAGGCCACCAGCAGUGGCAGGACCAAGACCCCAGCUAAGCGACAAACCCUCUCCAGUGACCAGCCCAAGCUCCUCACCCUCAGUCAGGUCCCAACCACUGGAAAGACCUCUGGGGACGGCUGACCCAAGGCUGGAUAAAUCCAUAGGUGCUGCCAGCCCAAGGCCCCAGUCACUGGAGAAAACCCCAGUUCCCACUGGCCUGAGACUUCCGCCGCCAGACAGACUGCUCAUUACUAGCAGUCCCAAACCCCAGACUUCAGACAGGCCUACUGACAAACCCCAUGCCUCUUUGUCCCAGAGACUCCCACCUCCUGAGAAAGUACUAUCAGCUGUGGUCCAGACCCUUGUAGCUAAAGAAAAAGCACUGAGGCCUGUGGACCAGAAUACUCAGUCAAAAAAUAGAGCUGCUUUGGUGAUGGAUCUCAUAGACCUAACUCCUCGCCAGAAGGAGCGGGCAGCUUCACCUCAUGAGGUCACACCACAGGCUGAUGAGAAGAUGCCAGUGUUGGAGUCAAGUUCAUGGCCUGCCAGCAAAGGUCUGGGGCAUAUGCCGAGAGCUGUUGAGAAAGGCUGUGUGUCAGAUCCUCUUCAGACAUCUGGGAAAGCAGCAGCCCCUUCAGAGGACCCCUGGCAAGCUGUUAAAUCACUCACCCAGGCCAGACUUCUUUCUCAGCCUCCUGCCAAGGCCUUUUUAUAUGAGCCAACAACUCAGGCCUCAGGAAGAGCUUCUGCAGGGGCUGAGCAGACCCCAGGGCCUCUUAGCCAAUCCUCGGGCCUGGUGAAGCAGGCGAAGCAGAUGGUCGGAGGCCAGCAACUACCUGCACUUGCCGCCAAGAGUGGGCAAUCUUUUAGGUCUCUCGGGAAGGCCCCAGCCUCCCUCCCCACUGAAGAAAAGAAGUUGGUAACCACAGAGCAAAGUCCCUGGGCCCUGGGAAAAGCCUCAUCACGGGCAGGGCUCUGGCCCAUAGUGGCUGGACAGACACUGGCACAGUCUUGCUGGUCUGCUGGGAGCACACAGACAUUGGCACAGACUUGCUGGUCUCUUGGAAGAGGGCAAGACCCCAAACCAGAGCAAAAUACACUUCCAGCUCUUAACCAGGCUCCUUCCAGCCACAAGUGUGCAGAAUCAGAACAGAAGUAGUACCAAUCAAUGUCACAUGAACAAACAAGCUGCCCCCAGGGUACCAUUUGGGGAGGGGAAAUCUUUUCUUUCUUUCCCCCUUAAAAAAAAAAAACACAUCUGCCCCGAACACUUUCCCACUGUUAUUCUUUCCUCAUAUCCCAACACUCAGAACUCUUGUGACAUUAGCCAGUGGGGGCUUAUGGUUGUGUGAACCAUGUAUGAAAAUCCAGUGGGCCCCAACCAAGGAGACAGACAGACUUGGGUCUCUUUCCCCCAACUUUUCCACAUGGUCAUCGUGAAAUAAAAAGUCCACUCUGGA